UUUUUGACAUGAACCAAUUUUGACAAAGAUGACACGAGCGCACACACGAAGAAGUCACCCUUGAGGAUGUUGACUGCUGAACCAGAUUGUCGCUCUUGUCGCAACUCUCCGCUUGCUGUCGCCGUCACGACAACGGACUUUUGCCCUCUCUUAUUGACAGAUAAAGGCACGACACCGGCGCGCUGUGCCAGAGCAAGUCCGACAUGUUGGCCUCCAAGUCGCUCAAAAGUUUGGCCAGGGAUGUGUCCGCCGAACAGAUGUGCAUGGUCGAGUGUGGCUGCGAAAAAGAGCGCACAAAUUCCGUGCACAGUUCAGAGCCACAGGUGCAGCGAGGCCUUGACAAUUUGGCCUACGAGUAUGGAAGCCAAAGCGAAUUCUGUCCUCCACUCCAAACCUCCACAGAAACCUUUAAACUCCUGGGUCUGGCCUCGGAGCACCCGCUCCAUACCGUCAUCGAGAGCAGGAUCUCCAGGCUGACUGGAGUACUGGCCGUCACCACAUCUUCCCCAAGCCAGCUGACCAAGGUGGACUACUCGAGCUCUCUGAUCACAGCCGCCGAGAUCGCUCAGGAACUGCUUAGGAUGGGCUUCCAUGUGGAGUCAGGGGUGUGGAUCGGCGUGGAUGGGAUGCAUUGCCAGUCCUGUGUGCAGUCCAUCGAGCGGCGUGUCGGCACCCUGCGGGGGGUUUCACACGUUCGGGUUUCACUCGAAGAGGGCGCAGCGUUGGUUGUGUUUCAACCGCUUCACAUCACGCGGCAGGAGCUGAGAGAAAAGAUUGAGGAGAUGGGGUUUGGAGCUACUUUACUGGCUGAUGAUCCAUCUGCAGCUAUCAGCCACUGGCAGGGGGAUGUAACCCAAAAUGUGACCGUCUGGAUAGGAGGAAUGACCUGCAACUCGUGUGUGCAGUCCAUAGAUGAGAAGAUCUCUCAUGUGAUGGGGGUCCAUUCCAUAGAAGUGUCACUAAAAGAUAAAAAGGGAAAAAUUACCUUUGACCCAGGCCUCACGGGACCGGAGCAGCUUAGGCUAGCUAUUGAAGAAAUGGGCUUUGGCGCAUCACUCCAAGAACCAGUCCAGACUCGAGAAGCGACCGUUGGCCAUGAACUCUCUGACCUGUUGGACUGGCCUUGUGAAACAGAAUUUAGCAACGGCACUGGAUGCCAAUCCACGUCUGCAAAGCAGCGGACCGGCACAAAAGAGAAAAAAUGCUUCGUCAGCGUGAAGGGAAUGACCUGCGCCUCGUGUGUGGCCAACAUUGAGAGGAACCUGCUUAAACAUCAGGGGAUCAUCUCUGUUUUGGUGUCACUGAUGGCCGGAAAAGCGGAGGUGAAAUAUGACCCUGAUGUCAUUGACGCUCCUGCUGUGGCUCAUCUUAUAGAGGACUUGGGUUUUGGGGCCAAGACUAUCGAGGACAACACAGUCACUCACGGGAAACUUGAUCUCUGUAUAAUGGGAAUGACGUGUGCGUCCUGUACCCACAAUAUUGAGUCUAAACUCAGCGUAACCAAAGGGAUCGUUGGUGCCUCGGUUGACUUGGCAACCAAAACAGCAAACAUCCAGUUUGACCCAGAUGUGCUGGGAGCUCGAGAUAUAAUCAACAUAAUUCAGAACCUUGGCUUUGAGGCCACUCUGAAGAAGGCAGGCUACAAAAGCAACUUUGACCACACAGAAGAGAUUCAACAGCAAGUAUCGAAUUACCACGCCCCGGUAAAUUUAUCGCGAGCAUUCAAAUGCCAAAGUAAUGUGUGCGUGAAUGUUUGCUUCAACAGAUGGAAGACCUCUUUCCUGCUUAGCCUGGUGUUCGGCCUGCCUGUCAUGGGCCUCAUGAUCUACAUGAUGGUGAUGGACAGCCAGCACCAGCAGCAUGGAGGCGCCAUGGCAGAGGAGCAAAACCUGCUGCCUGGCCUCUCCAUCCUAAAUCUGACCUUCUUCCUCCUGUGUACACCUGUCCAGGUCUUGGGAGGCCGAUACUUCUACAUCCAGGCGUAUCGCUCUUUGAAACACGGCACAGCCAACAUGGACGUCCUUAUUGUGCUGGCCACCUCGAUCGCUUACGUCUACUCUUGCGUGGUGCUGGUCGUGGCCAUGGCAGAAGGAGCCAGACAGAGCCCAGUCACGUUUUUUGACACGCCACCGAUGCUUUUUGUAUUCAUUGCACUGGGCCGAUGGCUGGAGCAUCUUGCCAAGAGCAAAACUUCAGCAGCCUUGGUCAAAUUAAUGUCACUGCAAGCCACCGAUGCCACUGUGGUCACCAUGGGACCUGACCACUCCAUUCUCAGUGAGGAGCAGGUGCCGGUGGAGCUGGUACAACGCGGCGAUGUCGUCAAGGUGACUCCAGGAGGGAAGUUCCCUGUAGAUGGGAAGGUGAUUGAAGGAAGCUCGAUGGCAGAUGAGUCUUUAAUCACGGGUGAGCCAAUGCCUGUUAGUAAGAGGGUGGGCAGCCCGGUGAUCGCCGGCUCCAUCAACGCUCAUGGCGCUCUUCUUGUGGAGGCCACCCAUGUCGGUGAAGACACAACGCUGUCACAAAUUGUCAAACUGGUGGAGGAAGCACAAACAUCCAAGGCUCCCAUCCAGCAGUUUGCCGACCGACUCAGCGGAUAUUUUGUCCCCUUUAUCAUCCUGGUCUCUCUGCUAACUCUGGUGGCGUGGCUUGCCGUAGGCUUUGUCAAUUUUGACAUUGUAAGGGAGAACUUCUCGGGUUAUAACACCAACAUAUCCAAGGCAGAAGUCAUCAUUCGGUUUGCCUUCCAGGCGUCCAUCACUGUUCUCGCUAUUGCAUGCCCCUGUUCCCUGGGGCUGGCGACCCCGACAGCAGUAAUGGUGGGCACUGGGGUGGGAGCGCAGAGCGGGAUCCUCAUCAAAGGAGGCGAGCCCCUGGAGAUGGCCCACAAGACCAAUGUGGUGAUGUUCGAUAAGACCGGCACCAUCACUCACGGCGUGCCGCAGGUGACGCGUGUGUUGGUGCUAUGGGAGAUGGCCCGCAUGCCUCUGAGAAAGAUCAUAGCAAUCGUGGGAACAGCAGAGGCCAGCAGUGAGCACCCACUUGGCGUUGCAGUUGCCACGCAUUGCAAAGAGGAGCUUGGUGCGGAUGUGCUUGGUUACUGCCAAGACUUUCAAGCAGUGCCUGGCUGCGGGAUCAGCUGCCGCGUCUCCAAUGUGGAUCACCUGCUUCCACAGCAGAGUGAAGAGCAGUUCUUGUUGACCGGGGCAUCUGCAAAAAAAAGCGAUUUCGUUGAGGCAGCCGAGACACCGAAUGCAGGUGAGGUUUUAUGUUACUCUGUCCUAAUCGGGAACAGAGAUUGGAUGAAUAGGAAUGGCCAUCAUGUAGGAGCCGACGUGGAUGCCGCCAUGUCGAGUCAUGAGGCAAAGGGGCAAACGUCUAUUCUGGUGGCUAUAGAUGGCGUACUGUGUGCCAUGAUCGCCAUUGCGGACACAGUAAAGGCAGAGUCGGCCUUGGCGGUGCACACACUCAAAAGCAUGGGGAUCCAGGUGGUCCUGCUAACGGGGGACAACAGACGCACAGCUAAAGCCAUAGCUGCACAGGUAGGGAUCAGGAAGGUUUUUGCGGAGGUGCUGCCCUCACACAAGGUGGCCAAAGUGCAAGAGCUCCAGGAACAAGGCUUGCGAGUGGCCAUGGUGGGGGACGGCGUCAACGAUUCGCCCGCCCUUGCACGUGCCGAUGUCGGCAUCGCCAUCGGUACGGGCACUGAUGUGGCCAUCGAAGCAGCGGAUAUCGUUCUCAUUAGAAAUGACCUCCUGGAUGUCGUGGCCAGUAUUGAGCUGUCCAAGAGGACCGUGCGGAGGAUACGGAUAAACUUUUUCUUUGCUGUUAUCUACAACCUUGUCGGAAUACCGAUUGCUGCAGGCAUGUUCAUGCCUGCCGGCCUGGUGCUCCAACCUUGGAUGGGCUCAGCUGCAAUGGCCACCUCGUCCCUUUCUGUGGUGCUGUCGUCUUUGCUGCUCAGAUUGUACAAAAAAACGUCGGUGGAGGUGUAUGAAGUACGAGCAAGAGGCCUGAUGCGGAGCAUCCGGUCCUCACAGAUCAGCACGUUCCCGAGACUAGAAGGCCAGCGGCGCAGUCCAGCACCUUCCACUGGACCCUGGGAACAGCACAACACCAAUGGAUCACUUGUUUUAUAAGACUUUAUAUAUUUAUGUCAAUAAAUCUUUUCCAAGUAA